GGAAGCGGAAGAGGUGGAGCGGGACCGGGCAGCCUUGGCGGCCAUGGCCGCGGCGGGGGGAUCGGAGGGAGGCGAGCCGGGACGCGAGCAGGGAUGCGAGCACUACCGGCGGGGCUGCCGGCUGCGGGCCCCGUGCUGCAGGAAGCUGUACCCGUGCCGGCUGUGCCACGACGCAGCCGAGGAGCACCAGCUGGAUCGGUUCCAGGUGUCCGAGGUGCAGUGCAGCAGCUGCCGGCUCCUGCAGAAGGCCCAGCAGCGCUGUGAGGGCUGUGGCAGCCUCUUUGGGGAGUACUACUGUGACAUCUGCCACCUGUUUGACCGUGACAAGAAGCAAUACCACUGCCAGGAGUGCGGCAUCUGCAGGAUUGGCCCCAAGGAGGAUUUCUUCCACUGCUCCAAGUGUAAUUUGUGCCUGAGCCUGAGUCUCCAAGGAAAGCACAAGUGUAUUGAAAAUGUCUCCAGGCAGGACUGUCCAAUAUGUUUGGAGGAUAUUCACACAUCUCGUGUUGGAGCCCAUGUUCUGCCGUGUGGUCACCUUCUUCACAGAACAUGUUACGAUGAAAUGCUGAAGGAAGGCUACAGGUGUCCCUUGUGCAUGCACUCGGCCUUGGACAUGACCAGGUACUGGCGCCAGCUGGACAACGAGGUGGCACAGACUCCCAUGCCCACCGAGUACCAGAACAUGAUGGUGGAGAUCCUUUGCAACGACUGCAACGCCCGCUCCACGGUGCAGUUCCACCUGCUGGGCAUGAAGUGCCGGAGCUGUGAGUCCUACAACACGGCCCAGGACGGGCGGUGCCGGCUGUCCUUGGAGGAGCAGUGACCGGGGCAGGCUCGGCCAGGCCCCGGCAGAGACUGGUUUGGGAACAAAGCAACUCUUGUGUCAGUAAAAAUUCCAGUUUUCCCAGUUCAAGGAGUCCUGUGCUGAGUCCUGUGCUGCCUGGGAGCAGGCAGGUGAGAGGAGCAGCACGAGGAGAUGUGGCGAGCGGCCGGCGCAGCAGCAGGAGGAGUUUGGAGGCAGCUGAAGGGGAAGGGAGGGGGAGAGGCAGCUCUGGGGGAAAAUGGGUCGCCUUGAGAGGCCUUUGGGGCUACUGCCAGCAUCCACAGGGCAGUGUGUGGGGAUGUGGUGUUCCCCGGGGAUGAUGUGUGUGCCUUCUGGGAAUGAUGGGUGUCCACAGGGACCGCGGGCAGCAGUGGCAUCCUCAGCUCCCUUUGUGCACUGUCACCUGUGUGUACAGAAUUCCCUUGAAACAAGGGAAUUGCCCUGCCUGCUGGGAUGAGCAGCUGGAAGAUCCAGGUGCAAAGCCCCCCUUUUCCCCCUGGGCACCCAUCCUGACUCGCUGCUGCCUCUGCUCAGAUUCCUUUGCCAGCUGCCGUCACCUUUUCCCUGUUUCUUCCUUGUUUUGCUCUGUUCACUGGCAAAGGCUGAGGUGGUGUGGGGUUUAAGACUCGUACAUAGCUGGAUUUUGCUGGUUAGGUACGUAAAGUGAAACACAUCCUCCACAUCAGGCUGAGCCUGGGAUGUUCACUGAAAUAAAGCAGUCCAGGGUCCAGUUUUCUGUCGUUUUUUGGUGUUUGUUCAUGGUCGAACUUCACUGGGGGGAGAACCGCUGCCUUUUGAAAGAAAUAAAAACCCCAACUCCACCUUCUUUCAUGUAACAUUCUGCCUGAGGUGUUUUGCAGUCCUAAAUGUUGCAGGAAGUCCUCUGUGAAUUUCACAUGCAGAUACUUCACAGUAAUAAGAUGUAAAAAAGGGUUGGUUCCUCUUCAGGUUAUAAUUACUCACUUUUAACUUGUUCUGUUGUAAAAUGAAUUUUUCUUAAUCCAGCAGUGCCCGUUUUCUGUAGGGAAUAUUUAGGAUUUGGAUGGUAGCUAUUGUAGCUUGCCUUGACUGGGGUAUCUUUUUCUGGAGCACUUUUCUCACUGCUAUAAAUAAAUGUAAAAAAAGGUCUCCAUUAAAAUAAACAAACUACACUGAG